AUGAGAACUUCAAAUACCAGUUGUCACUUACUGUCACCGGAUUAUUCUAUCUGCAAAAAGGAAGAUAAUGAAAACAGUGAACUUCAUUCUCAGAAACCUUGUGGUCAAAUUAAUUUGUCACAACAAAAUGAUUAUGAAAGUGUGAAGCUGAAACUACUUCAGUUAAAACAUACAUUUGAUAAAGCUAUGUGUAAUAAUGAGACAGUCAGGCAGCCACCAUUGAUAGCUCAUGUUCGUUCAGAUGAGGAAAUUAAAUUACCACAGGAAGAUAAAUCCGAGGCAAAAACUGGCGAUCCUUUUGAUUUGUCAAGUGAAGAUGAUCUCCAUCCAGAAAAAUAUCGACCACUGAAAAGAAAAUUAUGUACAGACAUCAACAGCUGUGGCCAAAAUAAUAACGCUAGCAGUGAGCCAGCUGAGGGGAAGGGAGCAGCAGAUAUAGAUUCUCCAGCUGUAGCUGCUGAAGCUGUUUCACUGAAGACUUCAGAGAUCAAGAAACCAAAAACCAAAUACCGUGUGGCAUAUGUUCACAGCAAACAACUUUUGGAGAAAGCAAAUGAGCUGAUCAGAAUUAAAGGAAGAGCAGAACUUGUUCACAGUUUAAUCUCAAGCGUUGGGCUUCUACAGUAUUUACAAGUUGUCAGCCCUAGAUGUGCCACAGAGACAGACAUUUUAGGCUUCCAUUGUCCGGACUAUGUGGCUUUUCUCCGAGAUUCUGGAGAUGUCCCUGAUGGUAAAGACAGUCAUGAUAGCGAUGCCGAGAGCUACGGACUUUCAUAUGACUGCCCCCUACAGAAAGGAAUAUUUGAAACAUGUUCUUUGAUCAGUGGCGCCACCAUUGUUGCAGCAGAAACACUUAUCAACAAUGCAGCAGAUGUAGCAAUAAAUUGGUAUGGAGGAUGGCAUCAUGCUAAGAGAGACUCUGCUGCAGGAUUCUGUUACAUCAACGACAUCGUCUUAGGCAUCCUCAAACUGCGAGAAAAGUUUGACCGGAUUCUCUAUGUUGAUAUAGAUUUGCAUCAUGGAGAUGGUGUGGAGGAGGCCUUUUGUAUGACUCCAAAAGUUAUGACCGUUUCUUUUCACAAGUACAUGUUUGGCUUCUUUCCUGGUACAGGAUCCGUGAGAGAUAUAGGAACAGGGAAAGGAAAAUAUUACUCUGUGAAUGUUCCACUGUUGGAUGGAAUCAGAGAUGCUGAGUUCUGUGCCGUGUUUUAUAGUAUCAUGAAACUAGUCCGAGAGAAAUUCCAGCCUCAAGUUAUUGUACUACAGUGUGGAGCUGACACUUUGUCCUCAGACCCAAACACUUCUUUCAACCUGACCCACCUCGGAAUCUCCAGAUGUGCUGGACUCAUGCUGUCUUGGAACUUGCCAACCAUGUUGUUGGGCGGAGGAGGUUACAAUUUUCCAAACACAGCGAAAUGUUGGUCUUUCCUGACAUCUUUGGCGGCUGGCAAGAAGUUGCCUCUAGAUAUCCCUGAACAUGAGCAUUUGUUAGCCUAUGGUCCUGAUUUUGAGAUGAGCACAACAGCUGGUAAUAGAAAGGACUGUAACACCAAACAGUACCUGGCCGAUCUGGUGGCAAAGAUUUCACGUAAGCCUGUCCUUGUUUUGAUCCUUUGUUCAGAUGAAUGA